AUCACAGCAGAGAUAUUUGGCGCAAACACUGGACUGACCUCUUCACCAUCCACAGAAGGGAGGGGCUUGUCACGUGACUGAGUUCAGUGAAAGUGAAAGCGUUUGAGGCGCCGUCUGAGGUGAGGUCUAUAUCUUCUCCUCCAGUGUGCAGGUGUAUGUGAUCUCAUGCACGCGCAUACGCAGCCAAAACCCAACCCUGUCAAACAUCAAAGGUGCACACCACAAACAUGAGGAGAAUCAUAUGAGAUUUUAUGUCUCCGAUUGCAAAGACUGCAGUGGGAUCUGUCUGCGGACCACAGGCUGAGCGAGGGGGAAAAUGGCUUCAGGGAGUGAGCAGAUAAAAGGAUGUCCCAUCAGAAAAGAAACUCCAGGAGGCAGCACUGAGGCACAAUCCACAGCCUCAGUGUCCAGUGCUGAGUCCAUGACGAGUGACUUUUCUAAAGCUGAACCUCCAUACUUCAGUCCUGAACCUGCUCCUUCAGACUCACUAUCCACAGCCUCAGUGUCCAGUGAUGUGUCCAUGAAGAGUGACCGGUCUAAAGGGAUUUUUCCUCCAGACUUCAGCUGUGAACCUGCUCCUUCAGACUCACUAAAUGUUUCCAUUGGUGGCGCAAAUGUUUUUGUCCACAAAGAAAAGUCUCUACAAGACUCCAGGCUCAGGGCUCAACACACUGACAUGGAAAAUGAAAAGCAGGUCCACAGCACGACACAAGCAGAUGAAGAGCUCCAGAAGGUUCUGCAGGCCCAUAAGCUGAGCCUGAGCAGCAGAUGUGGGAGUGUGACAGAGGGAACUGAAGGAGCAGAGAGUAGAAUUCCUCUGAACAGCAUCUACACUGAGCUGUACAUCACAGAGGGCCUCAGUGAAGAAGUCACAGCCCAACAUGAGGAGAGGAGGCUGGAGGAACUCUCCAAGAAGACUGUCCAGGAAAUCUCCAUCAGGUGUCAGGACAUCUUUAAAGCACUGCCCACUGAGGAGCAGCAGGAGGAGCAGAAGGAACAGAGGUCCAUCAGAGUGGUGCUGACCUGUGGCGUGGCUGGAGUGGGGAAGACCUUCUCAGUCCUGAAGUUCUCUCUGGACUGGGCCCAGGGCUCAGAGAACCAAGAUCUGGACCUGGUGCUGCCGCUGUCCUUCAGAGAGCUGAACCUGGUCAGAGGGGGACGCUACAGCCUGAUGGAGCUGAUACAAGUGUUCCAUCCAGUUCUGGUAAAACAGGUAGCACACACUCUGUCCGUCUCUAAACUCCUGUUCAUCUUCGACGGCCUCGACGAGAGCAGACUGUCUCUGGACUUUAACUGUGAGGUCAUCUCUGAGGUCACACAGAGGUCAGAGGUCAGCGUGCUGUUAGUGAACCUCAUCAAAGGCACUCUGCUUCCUACUGCCCUUAUAUGGAUCACCUCCAGACCAAUAGCAGCCAAUAAGAUCCCAGCGCAGUGUGUGCACAGGGUGACAGAGGUCAGGGGCUUCAUCACUGACCGUCAGAAGGAGCAGUACUUCAGGAAGAGGUUCACAGAUGAAGAGCAGUGUAACACAGUCCUGUCUCAUAUCAGAACCUCCCGCAGCCUCCACAACAUGUGCCAGAUCCCAGUCUUCUGCUGGAUCACAGCCACAGUCCUGGACCACAUGUUGAGAACCAAUCAGAGCGGAGCGCUGCCCCAGACACUCAGCGACAUGUACGCCCACUUCCUGUUAGUGCAGACCAACAGGAAGAGGAAGUAUCAACCCAGCUCUCAUACCAGACCAGAGGACAACCAACCAAACCCUGAGACUGGUCCAGAGGCAAAGAGAAUAAGACUAAUGCCACCAACACAGACAGAACUGACACAGGAGCAGAGGCUAGACACAUCACUGGUGUUGACAGAAACAGAAGCAGACAUCCUCCUGAAGCUGGGCAGACUGGGCUUUGAACAUCUGCAGAAAGGAAACAUCAUGUUCUACGAGGAAGACCUGGAGCAGGUGGGUCUGGAUGUGACUGAGGCCUCGGUUUAUUCAGGACUCUGUACAGAGAUCUUCAAACGAGAGAGUGUCCUCUUCAACAAAUCAGUCUACUGCUUCGUACACCUGAGCGUCCAGGAGUUUAUGGCAGCAGUUUACCUGCUCCACUGUUUACAAAGUGAUACAGAUGUCAUUCAGCGUUUUCUUGGUGGCAAAACAACUGAAAAAUUAAGUCCAAGUGAGUUUCUCAAACAAUCUCUUGCCAAAUCCCUGGGAAGUUCAAAUGGCCGCCUGGAUCUGUUUGUGCGCUUCCUUCAUGGCCUCAGUCUGGACUCCAACCAGAGACUUUUAGGAGGUCUGCUGAGUCCAGUAAACCAAUCAGAAAUCCCCAAAGUCAUUCAAAACCUGAAAGAGAUGAGCUCAAAGGAAGUCUCUCCAGACCAAAGCAUCAGCAUCUUCCACUGUUUGAUGGAAAUGAAAGACCAGUCGCUCCUGCAGCAGAUCCAGGACCUCCUGAAAUCUAGAGGAGGAUCACAGAAGGAACUGUCUGAGUUCCAGUGCUCAGCUCUGGCCUACAUGCUGCAGAUGUCAGAGGAGGUCAUGGAAGAACUGGACCUAGAGAAGUACAAGACAUCUGAUGGAGGUCAACAGAGACUGAUCCCAGCGGUGAGGAACUGCAGGAAGGCUCGGCUUGUUCACUGUGGACUCUCAGAGACUCACUGUGAACUGGUGGCCUCAGCACUGAAGUCCAGCCCCUCCCAUCUAAAAGAACUCGAUCUGAGUGAAAAUUAUAUCCUGAGAGACUCAGGAGUGUCUGUGCUGUGUGCUGGACUGAAGAGUCCUCACUGUGAACUCUCCACUCUCAGGUUGAGGGAAUGUCGUUUGUCAGAGAUGAGCUGUUCCUUUCUGGCCUCAGCUCUCAGGUCCAACCCCUCACACCUCACAGAACUGGAUCUGAGUGAUAACCAAGACCUGUCUGAUUCAGGAGUGUCUCAUCUAUGUGGUUUUCUGCAGAGUCCUGACUGUCGAGUGGAGACUCUCAGAUUGAAGGGCUGUGGUUUGUCAGAGAUGAGCUGUUCCUCUCUGGUCUCAGCUCUGAGGUCCAACCCCUCACAUCUCACAGAACUGGACCUCAGUGAUAACAGAGACCUGUGUGAUUCAGGAGUGUCUCAUCUGUGUGGUUUUCUGCAGAGUCCAGACUGUCGACUGGAGACUCUCAGAUUGGAGCGCUGUGGUUUGUCAGAGAUGAGCUGUUCCUCUCUGGCCUCAGCUCUGAGGUCCAACCCCUCACACCUCACGCUUCUGGACCUUGGUCAGAACUACAUGCUGUCUGAUUCAGGAGUGGCUCAUCUGUGUGAUUUUCUGCAGAGUCCAGACUGUCGACUGGAGACUCUCAGAUUGGAGGGCUGUGGUUUGGCAGAGAUGAGCUGUUCCUAUUUGGCCUCAGCUCUGAAGUCCAACCCCUCACAUCUCAAACACCUGAACCUAUGUGAGAACUACAGAAUGACCGAUUCAGCAAUGUCUCAUCUGUGUGGUUUUCUGCAGAGUCCAGACUGUCGAUUGGAGACUCUCAGAUUGAGGAGCUGUGGUUUUUCACAGAUGAGUUGUUCCUCUCUGGCCUCAGCUCUGAAGUCCAACCCCUCACACCUCACACACCUGCACCUGGGUGAUAACAGACUGUCUGAUUCAGGAGUGUCUCAUCUGUGUGGUUUUCUGCAGAGUCCAGAUUGUCAACUGGAGACUCUCAUAUUGUGGAACUGUGGUUUAUCAGAGCUGAGCUGUUCCUCCCUGGUCUCAGCUCUGAAGUCCAACCCCUCACAUCUCACGCUUUUGGAUCUGAGUCGUAACAAACUGUAUGAUUCAGGAGUGUUUCAUCUGUGUGGUUUUCUGCAGAGUCCAGACUGUCGACUGGAGACUCUCAGAUUGGUGGAAUGUGGUUUGGCAGAGAUGAGCUGUUCCUCUCUGGCUUCAGCUCUAGAGUCCAACCCCUCACACCUCACACUCCUGGAUCUUGGUGGUAACAGACUGAGAGAAUCACAUAUGAAGGAGCUCCUGGAGUUUAAACAGACUCCUCACUGUCGACUGAAGACACUGGAGUUUUAGUCUGUGCCUUGAAGAUGUGCAAGUGCAGUUCCUCCCUCCAUGUGUUCCUCCCCCUGCGUCCUGAUUGGCUGAGGGACUGUAGACCAUUGUCAAAUUUACAUAAAUGUUCAAUCAAUAGCAGUGUGAUUCUGAAGUGCAGCGCGAUCGGGCAACUGCCGCACUUACCGUGAGGUGUGGAGCUCUCCGUCGGUCCUUUCUCCUGCGGUCACCUCUGAGCCCGUCCCGACAGUGAGUCCUGGUUCAGCCCUGGUUUAGUCCUGUUUUAGUUCAAGUUCAGUCCUGGUUAUUACCUCGGCCAAGGAAGUUAUGUUUUUGCCGGCGUUUGUCUGUUUGUUUGUCUGUUUGUUUGUUUGUUUGUCUGUUAGCAACAUAACUCAAAAAGUUAUGGACCGAUUUUGAUGAAAUUUUCAGGAUUUGUUGGAAAUGUGAAAAGGAAGAAUUGAUUUCAUUUUGGGGGUGAUCCGGAAGAAAUCCUGGAUUCUGGAUCACUUUGAAAUUUUAGUUAACAUUGUGGUAAAUGGGGCCAAAAAUUUUGUUUCUCAAUAUCUCGGUUAAUUAUUGACCAAACCCCAUGAAAUUUGACUCAGGGAUGGACAAUGGGAUGAUGAUCCAAUGAUCCAGAAGACUGAUUUUAUCACAAUUUAUAUAAAAAAUGGGGGUAGUCCUUGGCGGAGGUCUGCGCUCUCUGAGUGCUUUUCUAGUUUAGUCCUGUUUACUCCAAGUUCAGUCCUGGUUUAAUCCUCCUAGUUCAGGCCUGGAAUCAGUCCGAGGUUAGUCCUGGGUUAGUCCUGGUUUAGUCUUGGUUCAGUACUUGACGUAGGCAGCCCAAAGGUUUGAUAUAAUCUCGGGUUAACGGGCAAGUACGGUGCUGUAUGGGUCCUGUACUGUGCGGGUGUGAAUCUCCAAAAAUGGACCCGUGCAGGACUCUGCGCUGUAGGGCUCCAUUACGGAAUAAAUGAAUCUUCAGUUCGUUACAUAAAGAAGGAGGAAAAUAACAAAAGGACGACAGCAGCAAUAAGUUUUAAGAAGGAUGUAAAAAGGGUUGUAACUGUCCUGUGUGAGAAAAGUGUAUAAAGUGUGUGGUGAGGGGUUUUACAAAACAGAUAUAAUAAUGGUAAAAUAUAAAGUUGACUACUUCGCGGAUUUCACCUAUUGCGGGUUAUUUUUAGAAUGUAACCUCCGCGAUAAACGAGGGACCACUGUAAUCACAUUUAAUAUGCCAGUUUUUAAUGUUACAUAUUUUGCAUUUUUCUAUUUUUUAUUGCUUAUUUUACUAAUGCCUUUAUUUACUAUACUAUACUGUCUACAAAUGACUGAAGCAGUGACAUUAAGAUCUGUCUUAUUCACUAUCGUCAUCACCAUCCAUUCAUGUGAACACUGCUGGACUGUCAAAUGUUCAACAGCAAUAUCACACUUUUAUUCUGUAAGAGCGACUAAGGAAACAAUGGUUAUGCUUGUAGAAGUUAUUGCACUUUUGGAUGACUGUUACACUGUUACUCUCAUUCUCCUCACGCCCAUACACACACAUGCACACACCUCUCGUUUUCCGCAAGCCCACACACACAUGCACGCACACACGCACUUUUUGUAUGAACCGUUCGCCCAUCUUCUCAAAUUCAUCUGAAAUUGGAGUGGAGAUGACCAAAAUUAACAUGUGAUUAUUUAUUUAUUAUGUUUUUUUUUUAUUAUUUAUUAUUUUUUGUAAAAAAUACAUACUAACACCUUUGAAAGGAUUUUGCAUUAAUGCUAAAGAUCGAUCGAUAUGGUGUUUUUUUUUCAUGGUAAGACCCAUUUUGAUUAUUUUCAUCAAAUUAUGUAAUUUGAAUUGAAAACAAUCUCACCCACAGCUCUUUUUAUCAAAUACCUUUAAGAGAGAUGUGUAGUCAUAUUUUGUGCAGUUCUAUUUUUGUAUUGAAGUGUUGAUAUAAAGUUUUGUGUGUAUUUUUAAGGGGCAGAUUGACCAAUGCAAAAUAUCAGCCUAAGGUGGAUAUUUAAGGCCAAUAGGCUAAAAAGUCAAAUUAUUAGUCUAAUGUCAGCCAACCUUCUACCUCUAGUUAAACGUGAUCAAUAAAUAGAAAAAAGUGUGUCAUUUACACUUCCUCCAUCCAUUCCGUUGGUAGAAUUGUGUGUACACAUAAUGUACAUGUACACACAGAAACGUUUCAUGUUUGUUCUCACCACAGAUUAGGUUCAGAAUAAAUGAUUCCAGUUAUUACUCUACAAGUUUGUGCCGUUUGAAGUCUAUCAAUGUGGAGCAAACCCUGAGCUGAGCUCUUCCAAACACCAGCUGCCAUUAAAUGUGAUCUGUGAAGAGUUUGACGCUUUUUCUGACCACUGUUUUCAACAAAGAACAGUGGUGUGAGAAAUACGGAGGAACAGAGCAAAACAACUAGUAUCAAAUAUUGUAGUUGUUAAGCACAAGGAUUAGUAAGAAUGUAUUAGAUGGAAUCUGCAGAGCGGGAAACAUGAAACUGUAUGGGGCCAGACACACAUUGCUUCAGCCUUCUGCUUUUGGGCUGUGCACUUUACUGUGGAAUGAUUCUGUAUGAAUGUGUAAACCAGUCAAUAUGUGCUUGAGUUGUGGUGUGCACUCACUCAAUAAAGGAACAGCCCUCCUGUCCUCCUGAAUAACAUCUUGCCUCCUUCAUCCUUCUCUCAUCUCUUUCAGCUACAUAUGUAAGUGAAAUGUAAUGUUUAUGUAAACAAAUGUCCGUGGGUCACAGUCUGAAGAAAAGCAGCUCCUGGAGCUGUCCACAACCUUCCUCUGUGUGAACAAGUCAAAGCCAAAGAGUAUUUAUUGUUAAAGAAAUGAAUCAACACUUCUCCUCAUUUAACUUCAUUAUUGUUUUAUCAAUAUUUUGGACAACAGAGAGUCAGUUUAGUUUAUCAGUGGUGGAAAGAGUACUGCAAACUUGUUCUCAAGAAAAAGUACAGUGACACGGCUAAAAUUGUAUUCAAUUACAAAUGCAAGUACUGUAUAAAAAGUAGGUUACACCUGAAAAAUACUGCUUCUAGUUACUAGCUUCUUUUUAACUGAUUUUUAGCAGAAUUUUGCUGUGCAAAGUCCAAAUUUAAAAAACAACCCUCCAUGCGCACACAAAAAAAGUAGAACAGAUAUUAGUCUUGGGUUAAAAAUGGGGACCCUAAGGUGACAAAUGUGAGUUUUUUGCAUAAUCCUCUCCCUUUCAAAACACAGCAAUAAGCAUUUUUUUCUCAGUACAUUAUUCUAGGCUAUUAACUCAAAUUUUCUAUUUCACUCUUUUAAUUUUGAAAAUUUCAAUGGAGAAUUGUAGCAGGCUAAAUCACCCGUGUUAGUGUAAUAAACACAAAAAACACUGUCUUUAGACACUAACUUUAGUUUGUUAUUUUAUUUUCUGUAAUCAAUGUUUCAUUGUAAUCAAUGUAAUCAAUGUUAAGCAAAUUAACAAUGUUAAGCAAAAAACAUUUGGAAUUGUCUGUUGUUGUUUGGAAUAGGCAGUUUUAUUUUAAUCAUUAUGAGACAAUGAUGAAUCAUUCAAAUAAAAACAUUAAAAACCA